ACCAAGCCCUUGUUUCUCCCGUCGUAGCAUCGCUCACGUGUCGGUGACGACUGCAACUGGACGCCCAUGACCCCUAUCAGAUCGCCUUGUCUCGAAUAUCCCCACCAUCGCCUGCGGACAGGUCCCCUCGCAUCGCUGACUGCCUCGAACGCCAAAUCGAUUUCACAUGUCAGAUGCGUCUGGUUCCCCACCCUGUCUGUCAGUUUCCGCUAUCACCAUCGUCCAACCAGCUUGUGUCACUGGCGGAUAUCUCCAGACCAACCCAGCUUAUAGCAAUGGACGGGCGGAGAGGAGAGCUCAGCUCUCUCCUCCUCUCCUCCCCCUCCGUCCCAUGCCUGCCUGCGCGCUACCCAAAACCGCGAAACGCGAGCAGCUGCGAGCCACAAUUAAACGUAUAUCCACCGCAUUCAGGGAGAGGGUGUGCUGUAGAGGCGGGAAGCACCGGAUUGGUGGUGAUCAUCUUUAUUCUCUCUACACAGCAACCUCGAGAGCUCGUCUUCCUCUCCCAAUGUCCUCCGCCCCCAGGCAACGGCACCAACACUACCAACACGCACCAAGCCAGCCAAGAAAGGCACGCCAUAGCACCCAAACAGGGGGUGGGCAACUGUGUAUCCCCCAAUCACACGCCAGUGAGGCUAGGCGGCAAGCUAAAGAAAGGAGCCGCUGGACUUUUUUGAGAAGUGCAACGCUUAGGACUAGCCCCCCCUCGAGAUGGUGUGCUGACCGCGACCCCUGCCAUCCCUCCACCCCUCUCCCCAUUGGCGCGGGCGACGUUGCUGUGGUCGGGAAACGGAUCUGGAGAGACGGAUAACCCUCGGAUAGACACACAUGCGCACUCACACACCGACACCUCAGUCCACUUCGGGUUGGAGCUCGAAGCCGCUUAGGCUUGGUGAUGGAGACCUCAUCAUCUCCCCGC